AUGGGCUCUGCAGCUGUAGACAUCGCUUCGAUGCUCAUCUCAUGUCUUAGCGGUAAAGACAGACAAGAACACUGGACGGGUUUGCUUGAAAACUUCUAUUCUGUUUUGAAAGAAGAAGUGGGAGGCAUGAAAAUGCCGUACACCUUUGAACAGCUCAAGGAGGCGUACUGUCAAUGUCUGCCUUUCAUUGGGUUCACAUUCCUGCCGUUCAUGAUCCCCUUUCUCGAUAAAAUGUCCAAAGAAGUUACGGAACAAAAUAAAGAAAGAGUGGAAAGUCUUCUGGAAAAAAUGGACUACCUUCUAGAUGACAUCAUAUCCUUCUACGAGCGCAAUAAGGAAAAAAACUUGCAAACCGUGACAGCUUCCGUGACGUUUGGCUCCUCUAGACUUACAAAAUAA